AUGUGGGGAACGGUUGCAGGCAGGGGAAGGCGUGACCUGCAUGGAAAAUGCCAGACAACUCCAGACGCGCACACACAUAGGCGCAUACACGCUCACAAAUCUCCGGACAGAGAUAAGGCGGACGGCGGAGCGUUUGGAAGGAGGCAAAGCCUUCCUCUGCAAACCAACCAGCAAUCCCCCACGCCAAACCCACCGGCGAACCCUCCCUGCAGCAAAAUGAGGUACCUCCUGACCUGGUCCUUUUGUGCCUUGCUGCUCUGCGCGGUGGAUGCCAUCGAGCUGACGGACAUGUUUGGGGAGAUCCAGUCUCCCAACUUCCCUGAUUCCUAUCCCAGUGACUCGGAAGUGACAUGGAACAUCUCUGUGCCCGACGGAUUUAAAAUCAAGCUGUACUUCAUGCAUUUUGACUUGGAGUCCUCCUACCUCUGCGAAUAUGACUACGUGAAGAUUGAAGCUGAGGACCAGGAGCUGGCAACCUUCUGCGGCAGGGAGACGACCGACACAGAGCAGGCUCCCGGACAGCAAGUGAUCCUGUCCCCAGGGCCCUACAUGGGGCUUACGUUCAGGUCGGACUUCUCCAAUGAGGAACGCUUCACUGGCUUCGAUGCCCAUUACACUGCCGUGGAUGUGGACGAGUGCCUGGAGAAAAGUGAUGAGGAGCUGGCGUGUGACCACUACUGCCACAACUACAUCGGCGGGUACUACUGCUCCUGCAGGUUUGGCUACAUCCUCCACUCCGACAACAGGACCUGCAAAGUGGAGUGCAGUGACAACCUCUACACCCAGAGGAGCGGGGUGGUCACCAGUGCCGACUUCCCGAGCCCCUACCCCAAGAGCUCGGACUGCCUGUACCGUAUUGAGCUGGAGGAGGGCUUCUUCAUCACCCUGAGCUUUGAGGACAGCUUCGACGUGGAAGACCACCCUGAGGUGACCUGUCCUUAUGACUACAUCAAGAUCAAAGCUGGCCAUAGGGAGUUUGGCCCUUUCUGUGGAGAGAAGUCCCCGGGACACAUUGAAACCCAGACCAACAGCGUGCAGAUCCUCUUCCACAGUGACAACUCGGGAGAGAACAGGGGCUGGAAGCUGUCAUACACAGCAACUGGAAACCCAUGCCCACUGGUGCAACCACCGAUCAAUGGGAGAAUCGAGCCUUCCCAAGCCAAGUACACCUUCAAAGACCAGGUUGUCAUCAGCUGCAACACAGGAUACAAAGUGCUGAAGGAUAACCUGGAAAGCGACUCCUUCCAGAUCGAGUGUCUAAAGGAUGGGACCUGGAGUAACAAGAUCCCUAUCUGCAAAAUUGCUGACUGCAAAGCGCCGCUGGAGCUGGAGCAUGGCUUUGUCACCUUCUCCUCCAGGAACAACCUGACCACCUACCGAGCAGCCAUCCAGUACCACUGCCAGCACCCCUACUACCACAUGGCCCCCAACAGCACUGCCACCUACACGUGUGAUGCAUCGGGGGUGUGGAGGAGCGAGGAGCUGGGGACCAAGCUACCAUCCUGCCAACCAGUGUGUGGCCGGCCGGCUCGUCCUCUGCCUGGGAUCAUCAAGCGCAUCAUUGGCGGGCGAAACGCAGAGCCUGGCUUCUUCCCCUGGCAGGCCCUGAUUGUCGUGGAGGACAUGUCCCGGGUGCCCAACGACAAAUGGUUUGGCAGUGGGGCCCUUCUCUCAGACUCCUGGGUGCUGACAGCCGCCCACGUGCUCCGAUCCCAGCGGCGAGACAAGACUGUCAUCCCCGUCUCCAAGGAGCAUGUCACCGUCUACCUGGCCCUUCAUGACGUGAGGAACAAGAUGGAAGCUGUCAACCGGACAGUGGAGAGGAUCAUCCUCCAUGAGGAAUUUGACAUCCAGAACUACAACCAUGACAUCGCCCUGGUCAAGCUGAAGGAGAAGGUGACCAUGGGGAACUAUGUCAUGCCUGUCUGCCUGCCCCAGUUUGAGCACGAGCUGGAGGGGCCUCACCCUAACACACUGGGGCUGGUGGCUGGCUGGGGUAUCUCCAACCCCAACAUCACAGUGGAUGAGAUCAUCAGCUCGGGCAUGAGGACGCUGUCUGACAUCCUGCAGUAUGUCAAACUGCCGGUGGUGCUGCAUGCAGAGUGCAAGACCAGCUACGAGUCGCGGUCGGGGAACUACAGUGUGACCGAGAACAUGUUCUGCGCUGGCUACUAUGAAGGUGGGAAGGACACUUGCUUGGGAGACAGUGGAGGAGCCUUUGUCAUCCAGGACCCAGGAACCCGGAGGUGGGUGGCCCAAGGGCUGGUCUCAUGGGGUGGCCCAGAGGAGUGUGGCAGCAAGCAGGUAUAUGGUGUGUACACCAAAGUCUCCAACUAUGUGGACUGGGUGGAGAAGAAAACAGGCUCCUCAGAGAGAUGGACAUUUCUGGACCCAGAGCUGGAGAGAUGA